AUGUCAUUUGAAGAAGAACGCGACAUGCACGUGCGGGUCGUGAAGCCAAGUGUCUCCUUCCUGCCUGAAACUGAAACUUCCAAGCCCGUAACAUACGACCUCCAUCAUAGUGACUUGCUUCCUGUGUAUGACUAUGUCUCCCGGGAAUAUCUAAUGAACGGCGUCGCCGUUGCAAAUUCAUACUGCACGCGUCUUCUUCUUCGUUGCCCUGCUGAUCCUGACAAAUUUUCCGGUCUUGUCGUCGCGGAACCAUCUCACCUAUGGGGUGGAACAACCAUUUGGCGUCUCAUUAAUCGGUGGCUGAUGCGUAACGGACAUGCCUGGCUGGAAAUUGAUUCACAGGCUCCCGCGGCAAUCGACCAGAUCAAAAACGUUGAUCCCGAACGCUACAGAGAUAUGCACUUUAUCCCCUGUCGGACCUUAGAGGAGUUUUCCAGCAACAUCCCCUCCUUUGCUAAUUCAGAAGCGCUGUGGGAUAAUUACCGGAUCUUCAAGGAAAGAUGGUGGGCUGCAACUCUGCAGUCUCCGGAGAUACUUGUUGCUGCAUCACAUGCUUUGAGAUCGGGACAGCUGGGUAUCAAGGCUGACCGCGUUGUACUGGCUGGUCUUUCCCAGACUGCAGACUUGAUAAGGAAGUUCAUCGUCGAAUCUCGUCAUCUCCGACUUCCUGACGGAUACGCCCCAUUUCAGGGAUUCAUGCCGUGCCAAUGCGAUGCUGGCAACCCACUUCCAGACUUGCGCGAUGCAAAGAUAAUUGAGAUUCUAGGUGAAUUCGAGCUCGUUUACAUAAAGGCCCUCUACGGCGGAAGUGAAGCGCCUCCCCAUCGCCGUCCCGAUAGCCCGUCAUUCCGGCUCUACGAAGUUGCCGGUAUGUCUCAUCGCGAGACUCGAUACCUCUCCAUGGCCGAUAAGAAGCGUUUGUCGGUUGUUGACCUGGAAGGUGCCCAAUGGACCACCUUCGCCAAUUCUUUCGUUUAUCACGCUCUCUUCGAUGCUAUGAACAACUGGAUUACGACCGGUGUUGCUCCUCCGCGAGGUACCACAAUUGAGAUCGACAAUUUCGGGGAUAUUGAGCGAGAUGAGUAUGGAAAUGCGCUUGCUGGGGUCAGAACUGUUCAUACAGACGUGCCUACUGCCAAAAUCAUUGAUGUUACCCCUCAGCCACAUCCGCAUUGGCACACUGGCACCGAGGUCCCUUUCAAAGAUGUCAAUCUGUGGGCUGUCUACAAAACGGUGGAAAACUAUCGACGUCAGGCGGGAGAAGCCAUCGAUCGACAGAUUGAAGCAGGAUUUUUAUUGCCGGAAGACGCUGAGGUCCUGCGUCGCGACACCAUCGAACAAGUCUCCUUUUAA